CCACCUUUAUUUCCCCGUCCCCCCUCUGUGGUGCCACAUGGUUGGGAGCAGGGAAAUUUCCUGCGGCCGGCUGGUCCGCGUGGCUGCGCCGGGCUUCCCCGUUGGGCCCUCGCUGGGGAGGAGGCGAGCACGAUGGCCCCCAAAGCGAGGAAGAGGAAGGCAAAGGCUGUGAACUCUGAGGACCUGAAGGCGAAUGGCGGUGCCAAUACGCUGCCAAAGAGGUCACGGGUUGAGGGACGUCAGGGCCCGGGACCACGUGUGGUUAUUGAGCAUUGUAAGAGCUGACGAGUCUACGGGCGCAACGCCGAUGCCGUGAGCCAGGCGCUGCGCCGCACCGUCGCCAACGUGGUGGUGGAGAUCAACCCUGAGACACCACGCAGGAACAGCUUUGAGGUGUCCCUGGUGAAGGAGGAUGGAAGUAUGGAGCUAUGGAGCGGCAUUAAGAAAGGGCCACCUCGCAAGCUCAAGUUCCCUGAGCCACAGAAGGUGGCUGACAUGCUGAAGAGCAGCUUGGGCUAAAGCAGAGCUGCACAGAGCUGGGUCUAGGACCCAUCCAUUCCUUGUGUGGACCGGAGCAUCCAUGAUGAGGCAUGAUGAAGUGGGGUAGGUGCCAAUGGCCAAACCUCAGUCAUGUCUCUGAUGCUGCAGCUCUUCCCAUGGGGAGCGGUGGGCCAGAUGAUGCCACUCUGUCCUUCGCUUCUGCUCUGCUCCUACAACCAUCCUCUGGCCUUCCUUAGCAGAUGAUCUUUCACUGGUUUGUGGUUAGACUUUUUUUUGUAAUAAAGCUUCUAAAAAAACUUAUUUGUAAGUGGCAGUAAGGUGGGGCAAUGGCUCAGAGGUCACGCUGCAGGCUGGUCAGCUGGACUGCACCUUCUCCUCCUCCCACUAUGUUGCACAGCUUGCAGCCAUCAGUGGAGACCCCACUCAAGGACAUGCUCUUGCAUUCAGUUAGGAGUCUUGCCAGGUGUCCUGCUCCCUGCAGGAGGGAGGAAAUAGCUCCUGGCAGCUUGCACUGCACGGCUAGGAAAGCAGGGUGGUGCAGUCCAUGUAACGGCAAAUGCAGCAGAACAAACAAGAGGCAAAUACAACAAACUCUUUAUUUCAAACAAGCCCCACCCUCUCCUUGCUAUCAC